AUGAUACCAGAAACUUUGAAUCCACUGAACUACUUCACCAGCCUGGUACCAGACUUGAUGCCAGUUGCCACAGUGCCUAUCAUCAUUGUCAUCUGCCUUCUGUUUCUAAUAUGGAACCACGAAGAAACAUCAUCAAUACCAGGGCCAGGAUACUGCAUGGGAAUUGGGCCCCUCAUUUCACAUGGGAGAUUUCUCUGGAUGGGAGUAGGUAACGCCUGCAACUACUACAACAAGACAUACGGAGAAUUCGUGAGAGUUUGGAUCAGCGGUGAAGAAACAUUUAUAAUUAGCAAAUCCUCAAGCGUAUUCCACGUAAUGAAACACUGGAAUUACGUUUCUCGAUUUGGGAGCAAGCUUGGAUUACAGUGCAUUGGCAUGUAUGAAAAUGGGAUUAUAUUUAAUAACAACCCAGCACACUGGAAGGAAAUCCGACCCUUCUUCACCAAAGCCCUGUCUGGUCCCGGUCUUGUGCGCAUGAUAGCCAUUUGUGUUGAAUCAACAAUUGUUCACCUGGACAAACUAGAAGAAGUGACCACUGAAGUAGGAAACGUCAAUGUGUUGAACCUCAUGAGACGGAUCAUGCUUGACACAUCUAACAAGCUCUUUUUAGGGGUCCCUUUGGAUGAAAGUGCCAUUGUUCUUAAGAUUCAGAACUACUUUGAUGCUUGGCAAGCUCUUCUAUUAAAGCCCGACAUAUUUUUUAAGAUUUCUUGGCUUUGCAAGAAGUAUGAAGAGGCAGCCAAAGAUUUGAAAGGAGCAAUGGAAAUCUUAAUAGAACAGAAACGACAAAAGCUUUCCUCUGUUGAAAAGUUGGAUGAGCACAUGGAUUUUGCAUCUCAGCUGAUUUUUGCACAGAACAGGGGAGAUCUGACCGCUGAGAACGUGAACCAGUGUGUGCUGGAGAUGAUGAUCGCUGCUCCUGACACUCUGUCUGUGACUCUCUUCUUUAUGCUAAUGCUGAUUGCAGAGCACCCCACAGUGGAGGAGAUGAUGAUGAGAGAGAUUGAAACUGUUAUGGGUGACAGAGAUGUACAGAGUGAUGACAUGCCAAACCUCAAAAUUGUGGAGAAUUUUAUUUAUGAGAGCAUGAGAUACCAGCCAGUUGUGGACUUAAUCAUGAGAAAAGCUUUGCAAGAUGAUGUAAUUGAUGGCUAUCCUGUGAAAAAGGGGACAAACAUUAUUCUUAACAUUGGACGUAUGCACAAGCUUGAAUUCUUCCCAAAACCGAAUGAGUUUUCUCUUGAAAACUUUGAGAAGAAUGUUCCAUCACGCUAUUUCCAGCCAUUUGGAUUUGGCCCCCGGGGCUGUGUAGGAAAGUUUAUUGCCAUGGUAAUGAUGAAAGCAAUUCUGGUGACUCUUCUGAGACGGUGCAGAGUGCAGACAAUGAAAGGAAGUGGACUUAACAACAUCCAGAAAAACAAUGACUUAUCCAUGCACCCAAUAGAAAGGCAGCCUCUGCUGGAGAUGGUUUUUACACCAAGAAGCCCAGACAAGAAUCACAGUGAUUAA